UAAAACAAACACAUUGCCACAAGACUGGGUACUUACCUUACAGACAUACAUACACACGCAUUCUUCGCAAGAAAAUGAAAGUACUCAUUCUGUGUCUGCUUGGAUGGCUAACGGCCGGACUGGUGCAGGGUGCAAUCACAUAUAAUGCGGAAAGGAAUAUUUCCGAUGUGGCCAUAGCUCUGUCGGAAAUAAUCAACGGUUUAAAGCCACGCCAAUUAGCUAUACUGGCAGCACCGCAGUUCCACUUCACCAGGCGACAUGCACCUUUGCCAGCUUCGGCCGAAAUUCCCGACGAUACGCAAUUGGAAGGCAUGCAAAUGGACAUCGAUGAUUUCAUUUAUCAGCUGCACAAACUCUACUUUAAGUCCGUCAUUUAUGAUAAGGCCGAUUUGUUUUUCAAAUUCGUCGAAGAUAGUCUACAGGGUUCAAUUGAGAGCGUCAAUCUUAUAUUUAGUGCACCCUAUGAGCUUUCGGCGCGCAUACAGGAGCGUAAGUUGUCGCAUCGGCUGAGCUUAUUCAUAUUCUAUUGGGGCGCCAAGCAUCCGCCGAAAGCCAAUGAGGUGCGUUUUGAAGAGCCAAUGAGAGCGGUUGUCAUUACGAGGCCAAGGAAAAAGGCGUUUCGCAUUUACUACAAUCAAGCUGUACCCGACGGUGUGAGUAAUCUCCGCUUAGUCAAUUGGUAUGAUGGCGAUAACUUGGGUUUGCAAAAAGUACCGCUAUUGCCCAAUGCGGCAACGGUUUAUUCGAACUUCAAUGGUCGCGUGUUCCGAGUGCCCGUCUUUCAAUCUCCUCCCUGGUUUUGGGUCAGCUAUGAGAAUGAUUCCACAAACUCCACCAUGUUCGAUGACUACAUCGACUCCACCAAUGACUACAACGAGUUCACCGAAGUGAACGUCACCGGCGGACGAGAUCAUUGCCUGCUCAACCUGCUGGCGCAGCAUAUGAAUUUUCAGUUUAUCUAUAUAGAGGCUCCGGGCAGAACACAGGGCUCCUUGCGCAACGAUGACACAGGCGAGGAGAAUGAUACAUUUACUGGAGGCAUUGGACUCUUACAAAAUGGUUUAGCUGAUUUUCUGCUCGGCGACGUCAGCCUCAGUUGGGAGCGUCGUAAGGCUGUUGAGUUUUCCUUCUUUACGCUAGCCGACUCAGGCGCUUUUGCGACGCAUGCACCGCGUCGUCUCAACGAGGCCUUUGCCAUAAUACGUCCCUUUAAGCGCGAUGUAUGGCCCUAUCUAAUAUUGACGGUUAUAUUUUCGGGUCCUAUAUUUUAUGCCAUAAUUGCCAUACCCUACAAGUGGCACUUGCCAUGUCAAAGUAGAGGAGUAACGAGGCAUCGCUUGCGAAGGCAACAACAACGUGAUGUGGAGCGCGCCGAUGAACUGGUCUUUCAUAUGGCAUAUAUUAAGGAAAUCACAGGCGACAAUGAGAUGACAAGGCGUUUACUGCGUCAGCAGCAACAACAGCUUCAACGUCAAGUGGAAGGGAGUAAGCAACUGGCGCGCGACGGCAGAGUGCAGGGAUUGGCGGAAAUACCAAACAAUCUUUUUGAUAAAUGCAUUUGGUUCACAGUGCAACUCUUUCUCAAGCAAUCUUGCAAGGAGCUUUAUCAUGGCUAUCGUGCCAAGUUUCUCAUGAUCGUCUACUGGAUUGCGGCCACCUACGUGCUGGCUGAUGUCUACUCCGCCCAGCUAACGUCGCAAUUCGCGCGUCCGCCACAUGAGGCACCAAUUAACACGUUGCAACGUCUGCAGACGGCUAUGCUGCGCGAUGGCUAUCAACUGUUUGUGGAGAAGGAAAGCUCGUCGCUGGAAAUGCUGGAGAAUGGCACUGAGGUAUUUCGCCAAUUGUAUGCGCUUAUGAAGCUCCAGAAUCCGGAUAUGGAGGGUUAUCUCAUUGAUUCCGUGGAGGCUGGCAUUUUAUUGAUCGCUGAUGGUCUGGAAAAUAAGGCGGUUUUGGGCGGACGAGAGACACUCUACUUCAAUAUACAGCAAUUUGGUUCCAAGACAUUUCAACUCAGUCAUAAACUUUAUACGCGUUACUCUGCGGUUGCAGUACAGAUCGGUUGCCCUUUCUUGGAUAGUCUUAAUGAUGUCAUCAUACACCUAUUCGAAGGUGGCAUUCUGGACAAAAUGACAAAUGCCGAAUAUGCCACACAAUCGCGUAUGUUAGGUAAGGAAUAUAACGCACUGCAUCCCACAAACCCCGCUGAAACCAGUGGCACUAACGAGCCACCGCCGAACGAUGACAAUCGCAACGCGAAUGGUGGUAAUGAUAUUAAUAGCAAAGGUGAGGAGAACGCGGAGGCUACAUCGAAAUCGCUGGACUCACAAAUCAUACAACCACUCAACCUGCGCAUGUUGCAAGGCGCCUUCAUCGUACUGAUCUGCGGCUACGCGGCAGCAACUGGUAUUCUUGUGUUGGAGCUGUGUUGUCAUCGCCUGAACUCGAAUUUUAUGGAGCGUACUCAGACCCGCUUAUUGCGCCGUUAUCGCUGGUGUAGUCGGAAAUUCCGUAAAAUUACACACUUGCUAUUUGUCAGAAUCAUACGCUGAAUUAUUUGUUGUAUUGUUUUGUUUUUGUUGUUGUUUUGUGUCGGAAUUCUUAUCACUCGAAUGUUUUGUAUAACAAAUGGGGUUGUACGGGUUCUUUUGAAAUUAGUCAAACUAUUUUUGUUGUUGUAAUACUCGUAUGGAAAUAUUCUACAAAUUAGUUAAUUAUCGCGACACCCACAUAAAUUCAAGGGGCUUUUGGAUAGAUGAGGUGGUGUGGUGAGGAUAGUGUAAUGGCUUAUCUGAAGUUUGAGAGGUUUUGAAGUGUAAACAUUUUAUAAAGUU